CGCGGUCGCCAAGCUGGGAAGUAGUAGCAUGUGGCUCGGUGGGCACUGAGCAGAGAGCAGAGGCGGUUAUUCGCCUGUAAAGACAGCGGAUUAAAAAUGGAACCAUCGAAAGAAUAUCUAUUCAAAUACAAAGGGUUUUAUUUUGGUGUAAUAACUUCACCUGAGUAUGUAGCUACCCUGGAGGAUUUUGAAAUCAAAGAUAGUGACAUAUUUAUAGCUACUUACCCAAAAUCAGGAACUGUGUGGACUCAGAACAUUUUGAGCUUAAUAAUUCAUGAAGGUCAUCGUAAUGGAACAGAAAACAUGGACAACAUGCAGAGAAUCCCAUGGUUGGAAUACAGGACAGACAAUAAGGAUUACACAGCUCUUCCUUUGCCUCGUGUUUUCGCCACCCACCUGCCUUACUACUUAGUUCCAAGAGGCCUGAGGAACAAAAGAGGACGUGUUAUUUACAUUACCAGGAACCCUAAGGAUGUUAUGGUUUCUUUCUAUCACUUCUCCAAGUUCAUAUCCUCACUCGAGGAAGUACCAGAUUUCAACAUUUUUAUGGAGAGAUUUUUAGCUGGCAAAGUACUUGCCAGUUCGUGGCUGGAUCACGUUGCAGGCUGGUACAGUCAUGCAGAGGACUUCAAUAUACUCUUCCUUACCUUUGAAGAAAUGAAAAAGGACCUCAGAAGCGCUGUGCUAAAGAUCUGCGACUUCCUGGACAGGAAGCUGAGCGAAGAAGAAGUGGACAGUGUUGUGAGACAAGCUACAUUUGAGAACAUGAGGAAAGAUCCCAGGGCAAACUAUGAGAACCUUCCAGAUGACAUCAUAGACAAAGACAAGGGUAGUUUUCUACGGAAAGGCACCGUUGGAGACUGGAAAAACCUCAUGACAGUGGCACAGAAUGAAAGGUUUGACAAUGUUCUUGGAGAGAAAAUCAAGACCCUGCCCAUCAAAUUCAUCUGGGAUAUUAACGAUGAAAUGUAGGCUGGUUUCGAGGUUCAUCAUCCUUUGGUGUUUAUACUGGAUGGACACACGUGGAGUUCUGGAAGAAGAAAAUACCUCUGUUUUCAGCUAUGUUCUAGAAAUAAUAAUGAUGACAACUCAGUCACAGAAUGUGAAUUGUCUGACAAAGUUAUUCAAUUACAACACCUUCCUGUUUGUAAAUAUGCCAGGUCUAUUAAUUAACUAACUUAGUAAUCUGACUUCCUUUCUUCAUAUGUGCUUUUAUUUUUUAUUAUUAUUAUUAGUGGCUUUAAUUGUAGACAACCAAGUGAGGAUAGAUUGGUGUUGCUAAAAUCUUUCUGGAAAACGUUCCAUUUGUGCAUUUUGUGAGGCUUCUUUUGAUAGAACCUUCAAUGUCCAGACCAGAAGUAAGACUGACCUUCCUAGGUAAGAUUACGCUUUGAUAUGUUUGAAUUCCCAUUUCCUUGUUAAACACCAGUACUCGACCAUUUGCUAUUAAAGUGACCUUUAUGUUGCA